AACGCUCACUCACACUGGCUGGUCGGUCGCCUCUGUCUGGUUGUGCAAGCAAAGCAACAAGGCAGGCAAGCAAGCAGGCGGCGGAGACCUGAACCAAACCAACCAACCAACCAACCAACUUCACCCUAACAGCGAGCACAGCAGACACAGGAGGCACCCACAGGAGGCACCCACAGCACUGCACGGCUUGCCUGCGAGAUGAUGAACGGCAGCGGCAGUGUUGUCGGUGGCAGUGGUGGCGGCGAUGGGGGCAACGCGGAGAUUGAAGCUCAGCUGAUGGGGUUGGAAAGCGUGGUGGAAGAGUUGGCGUACCCGCAAAUCACGCCAGAGCGGAAGGAGCUGAUUGAGCGCGAGCUGCAGAACUUCAAGGACCAGCCGCACGCAUGGUACCUCGCCUCCGCUUUCAUGAGCAUGUCCACCAACAGCAUGGUGCUGUUCUACUCGGCCACGGUGCUGGAGCACACGGUCCACAACACCUGGUCCCAGCUCGGCGCCGACGAGCGCGACCAAGUCAAGGCGUUCCUGGUGGACUUUCUCGAAUCAAACUUCACCGACCUCAAGCACUUUGUGCGCAACAAGGCGUUGCAGGUCUUCAUUGCCAUCGGCCAAGCCGAGUGGCGCGACUACUUCCCGCGCUUCCUCGACAUCAUCAAGGAGUGGUGCAUGCGUCCCGACACGUUGGCAUUGGGGCUCACCGCCGUCAAGAUGCUCUCCGAGGAGUGCUCCCUCAGUCCGGCAACCCGCCUCUCCGAUUCCGUUUUGCACAGGAUGCCGGAGUUCUUGGACAUUGUGCUGUCUGUACUCAAGGCCAUCUUACAUGAGGCGCGCACGUUUGGCGACAUUGGCGUGCUCUCUGGCAAGAAGGCAGGCCAGAGCAGCCCCGUCCACGCCCCGCGCAGCUCGCCGGCCGACGACAUGCUCGGAUCGGCACUGCAGCCACAGUCUGGAAGCGGCAAUCUCCACUUCAACACGCGCAACCUGGAGCACACCGUCAUUGCCCUCGAAGCCAUUGGUCACUUUUUCUCCUGGUGCCCACUCUCAAAAUUGUUGACGGAGGAAGUGGUGAUGGUGCUGCGAGACUUUACGUUCAUCCAUCAGCCCGACUCCCGCAUUGGAUGCAAAGCACUCAGAUGUUUCAAUGAGAUCCACGCACAGCGGUUCAUCCCGCCCUCCUUUGGGGGAUACAUUCAGCUCGUGUUUGAGCUGACACUACAGCUGCUGAACGAAGCGCUGCAGGGCAUGGAAACAAACGCAAGCUUCAACCAGUCUUUGGACGAGCAGUAUCUGGAUGCGUUGGUGGAAUAUUUGCGUCUGUUUGUCAUCAACUACCUUCCACGCCUUGCAGCUGACCCAAACAUCAGCCUCGCAAGUGCUGUGUUCAACAUCAUGCGUCUUGCUGAUCAGCUUCCCGCGCACCUCUUCCUCGAAGCCAUGGACGUGUUGAACGAACUCAUUGAUCUGCUGCUGGAGGACGCGAGCAACACACUGGCUGGUUUGAGAGAAAGCUGUCGCGAGGUGCUGGUUCAGAUUGCAGAGCGCAUCACAGACAAGAUGCAGCUGACCAAGACGGAGAUGAUGACUGAGCUCGACUACAGGCAGGAGAAGGACGCGGAGCCUAGCGAGUACGACCAGUGUAUCGACAAAUGCGCUCAUUUUGUGAGCGGCGCAACGCGGCUGUACCAGCAGGAUGUGCUGAGCAUCUUGGGGAAGCAGUUUAUGGACAAGCUUGGCGUCAUCUUCACAGGCUGCUCCAAGACUACCACCACCCCAGAGGGCCCUCGCAUUGAGUUUGCGGUGGAGGAGGACAUGGUGUACUUCCACUACGCCUGCCGCGAUCUUUCCGCCAUGUGCAAGAUGCUCGCAAUGGUUGCUGACGUGUUUGCCGCGCAGUUUGAAAACUACGCGGCCAUGGGCAAGGAGAUGCUCGACAUGUCGCUCAACGUCCUCUUCAGCAUCUUGUCUGCCGGUCUGCACAACGCGCAUGACUUUAUUGCAGACCCCCUCUGUGUGCAGCUGCUGGUCUCUGUUGAGGCACUGUGCCCGUGGCUGCGCGAGUGCACGAAAGCAGCAAUUGCUGGGACCGGAAUCAACAUCGAAGUCCUCAACGGCAUUGUGUCGCAGAUUCUGAGUGCAAUAGGGCAGACGAUGGAGACGGCUGUUGCUCCAACGCUGCGCACUGCCGCAUGCAGCCUCUUUGCCGUCCUCACAUCAACCAUCAAGACGCCAAUCGUGCGACAGGCCGAUGAGUACGCGCCGCUCGUGAGCAUGCUGCUUGAGAACAUGGCUCCGCUCGACUCUGAAACGCAAAUCCUCAUCGUCUCCGGCGUGUCCUCCGCCCUCGUCGUGCAAUGGGACGGCGCAAGCGCACAGGAGCAGUUGUGGGAUGAGCGUACCUCCCAGCUGAAGGAGUUGGUGACAUACGCAAGCGGUCCUCUGCAGGAAUCACUCGCCGGCGGUGCAGCCCCCGGCAACUUUGUGCAGGCGUGCUCGAUCAUGACGGGCAUUUGCCGGUCGUUCCGCUCGGAGCGCACGCCGGCGAUGAAGCAGUCCCUGCCAGAGGUGCAGAAGGCCAUCGAGGCCGCCAUGGAGAACCUCCUUUCCUUCACAGCCCUCGACAAGGAGGAGUCUCUUGAAGCGGCACGCGGGUUUGUUGGUCUGGUCAAGGAGAUGAUAACCGCCGUGGGAUCAUCGCUCCCGCCCCGCUGGGUGCAGCAGCUCAUCUCAAACAUGUCGUUCCGAUCUUUGUCUUGCUGCACGUCGCGGCCGUUGCUGGAGGAACUACUUGCAGAAUUUCUGGACUGCAUUGCGCACAGCAUUCGCUUCUACGAGGACCGACUUGGCGAGACGCUGCACCACAUCACGCAGCUCAUCUCCACCCUCGCGCCGGCCAUCCUGUCCAUGUCCAUUUCUCUCCAGCGCUCCUUUGCCGACACCGUCGCUGCCCUUCUCACAACCCGCGCUAUUCGCAAGCUGGAGGAACACAUCCCGGACUUGGCCAAGUCACUCGCAGCGUGCGGGUGCACGGGAGAUCUUGUGCUUCUGGACACGAUGCUCGAUGCUGUUGAACUGCUUGUCAGGCAGCAGUCUGAAGUGCUGCUGCCGGAGGUUGUUCCGUUCUUCGUUGAAUCGCUGACAAAGAUGCAGGAUCAGCAAACACGUGCGCAGCGCAUCACGGCAGCGCUGUCGCAGCUGACAUGAGAUGAGCCACGUGCGUUCUUGUCAUUUCGUCUCCGUUGCAGUGCAAACCAUUGCUGUAUCCUCCUUUUGUCCCUUCCUUGCACUGUCUUGCGUGCGCCUGUCUUUCUCUUCUUUCCUCUCCUGCGGCUCUCUCCUCUCCUCUCUUUCUUCCUUGACUGCCCGCCUUUGGGUCGUCUUCAUUCGGAGUAGUUUAUCACACGCUUGCUUGCUUGGCGUAUGUGUGUGUGUGUUGUGUGUGAGGUGUGUGUGAGGUGUGUGUGUGUGUGGAGGGAUGUGGGACGUUGAUUAGGGGUUGAUGGCUGUCCCAAUUGGUGAUGGGAUGUGGCUUGUCUAUUCAUCUACACAGCAUAACAGAGGAUGGACAUGGACAAACCACAAACACACAAAACAACACAACGUCACAGCCACACGUUACGAUCACAAGCCGCACACACAACAAAACAGC